UGUGUGACGACGCUGUUUCUAUGGCUACGAAAGUGUGUGACGAGUCUGACGAUACCGUCUCCAAGGUGACGGAAGUAUGCGAUGACGAGGAAUCCAUAGUAACCAACACAACACGGAACAGUGAAGACAAUGACGAUCGCUUUCUAUUCGGCCUACAGAUGCUGGAAAAUAGCAGGAUCCAGCAGGUAGAUGUCACAGAUAAAACGUUAUCGCCAGUUUUGCCCGUCCAAUCUCCAAUAUGGCGUUACAAGGUAAAGGAGGCCACUGACCUUUCAGAUGUUGAAAACUCCGACCGAGAUUCUGUUAUUUCAGAGUCAUUACUUGGACAUACAGGAUUGAACUGUGCACAACAUAUUGAUUCGAGAAAUAUAUCGGAGAGCCAAAUGUCCCAACUACUUUUCGAUGACACCCAGAGUUCCUGUACACAGAGUGAAAUAUUACCCAUGCAGUAUGUAAAAGCAGAGUAUCACCAUUCCACAGGUUCCACUAAAUCCCUAACUCAAUACAACUCCCCUAACGCGAACACUCAGAGUCACCUAAGUGGUACAACAGGUAGUCAAACAGAGGACCUUGGAAUUACUUCUGGAGACAAGGAUUUUCAUCCAGGUAUAAGUCAGAGUUCCGAAGAUACCGAUGUUCAACCGACCAAAGAAUUUCACCUUUGUAGUGGUCAAAACUCGGAAGAAAUUGAUGGUCAAACGACCAAUGUUAUCCAGUCGGAUGUCACUCGGAACUUAAGAGUGAAUAAUAGCGAACCUGUUAACGUAGCCAACGCAAGUUCGGGAGACCAUGCAAUAAGUACACCCUCAAUUAGUACACAGAGUUUCGGAGUCAAGGGAAAAGGGACAUCCCCAAUUAGUACCCAGAGUUCCGGAGUCAAGGGAAAAGGGGCAUCCCCAAGUAGUACCCAGAGUUCCGGAGUCAAGGGAAAAGGGACAUCCGCAAGUAGUACUCAAAGUUCCGGAGUCAAAGUAAAAGGGACACCCGCAAGUAGCACUCGGAGUUCCGGGGUCGUCCAGGAAAAAAAGAAACGUGUAAUUAGUAGUGAUCAGAGUUCCGCAGUUCAGAGGGAACGGACAUCCACAAGAAGUAUUCGGAAUUCUGGAAAUAUUGACGGUUAUCAGGUAAGUGUGUUUCACCAAGGACAAACCGGUAGCUUAGCGAGGAGGGUCAAAGAAAAAUGCAGGAUACUCGAUGCAGAUCAAGAGCAUUUGUCUGGGGAGUCACCUCGGAAAUCCAAGCGUAUCAACACUGAGGCUGUUGCAGAUGGCGAACAGAAGAAACGGACAUUUACAUCCCAAAAGGAAAAUGCAAGUCAGUCAAGUUUAUCAACACACGAAACCAGUCCAAUAGCGACCGAGCACGAGCGAGAAGAGACAAUAUUCAGAAAGAUCGUCAAACAGCAAGAUUAUGUCGACAAGCAACUGCGGAAAUCAUACCUUCGGGACGUUGAUAAAUUAAAACAACACCUGGAAACACUUCAGUCGCUGUUGCGAAAACUUAGCGACCAGCAAAAGUCUGAGAGACAUCGUCUGACUGCUGAUGUACGGGCAAGAUCUAAAACAAAACAAGACAGACUGCGAUAUAAAAGCGAAAUUGAACAACUCGGGAAACGUCAGAGACAACUGAUCCAACUGGUCCAAAGGCAAAAGACGCUUAGCUCGAAGUUAAAAGAUAUGGAACAUCCAAAUAAUGAUCUUGAAUAUCCGAUAACAACCGGAAGCUUGCCAGAGAAAUCUCAACAUCUGGAAAGUCAAAUGACCGGGUCGAGCCAAAUAACCGUUACUCCAUCCAGAGGGAAAGGAAACACGAAUGCAUGACACACAGUCAUCUGAAUCAUCCCGUCUUACUACAAAA